GAUAAUACGAUAAUAGAGUUCAUAAUGGGUUAUCAAAAUUGAUAAAAUUAGCUCUUGUUUUAAGAAAAGAAAUAACAUAACGGUGAGGAUUCCAGCAAGAUUUAGUUUCGAAUAUAUAAAAGAUGAAUAUCGGCAUAGUGCGAGGUUUUUUUCGCGACAUAACUCGCAGAAUUAACACGCACAUAUCACAAAUUGUAUCGGGUUCUACACAAGAAUUGCAGGCAACAAGACACCGUAACAAUAAUAUAUUUGUAGUAAGAAAUUUUAAUACAACUGCAAUCAUGAGUAACGCAUUUUUGAAUGGAAACUUGUGGGACACUGACCCGGAACUGUUUGAAAUAAUCAAGAAAGAGAAGCAACGGCAAGCAAGUGGUCUUGAAAUGAUUGCAUCUGAGAACUUUACAUCUGUGCCUGUUCUUCAGUGCCUUAGUUCAUGCUUGCACAAUAAAUAUUCAGAGGGAAUGCCACAUCAAAGAUACUAUGGAGGCAAUGAAUUUAUUGAUGAAAUUGAAAUUAUGGCACAGCAAAGGUCAUUAGAAGCAUAUAGACUAAAAUCUGAAGACUGGGGUGUGAAUGUUCAGCCUUACUCAGGGUCACCAGCUAACUUCGCAGUAUACACUGGCAUUGUGGAGCCUCAUGGCCGCAUCAUGGGCUUAGACUUGCCCGAUGGUGGACAUCUCACGCAUGGAUUCUUUACAGCCACUAAGAAGAUAUCAGCUACUUCAAUCUUCUUUGAGAGUAUGCCAUACAAGGUUGAUACAAAAACAGGUCUCAUAGAUUAUGACAAGCUAGCAGAAACAGCAAGGCUUUUUAAGCCCCGCUUAAUUAUAGCGGGUAUCAGCUGCUAUUCACGUUGCCUAGACUACAAACGCUUCCGCCAGAUCGCAGAUGAAAACGGCGCUAUUCUGAUGGCAGAUAUGGCCCAUAUCUCUGGACUUGUUGCUGCAGGCGUUAUCCCUAGCCCAUUCGACGUCUGCGAUAUAGUUACCACAACAACGCACAAGACGUUACGGGGACCCCGUGCAGGCGUGAUUUUCUACCGGAAAGGAGUGCGGUCCGUGAACGCCAAGGGAGAGAAGAUAAUGUACGACUUCGAGAACAAAAUAAACCAGGCGGUGUUCCCAGGGCUGCAGGGCGGGCCACACAACCACGCUAUAGCUGCGAUCGCUACUGCAAUGAAACAGGCCACUAUGCCCGAGUUUGUGGAAUACCAACGACAGGUGAUAAAGAACGCUCAGCGGUUGUGCGAAGGUCUAAAAUCGCGUGGCUACGAAAUCGCAACCGGCGGUACUGACGUUCACUUGGUGCUUGUGGAUAUGCGCAACGGCGGCCUCACCGGUGCCCGCGCAGAACGUAUCCUGGAGCUGUGCAGUAUCGCUUGCAACAAGAACACCGUGCCAGGAGACAAGAGUGCUCUCAACCCCAGCGGCAUCCGACUAGGUACGCCAGCGUUGACUACAAGAGGCUUAAAAGAAACCGACAUUGACAGGGUUGUUGAUUAUAUUGACCAAGCUUUAAAGCUGGCCCAAGAAAUCACCAAGAUAUCGGGCCCCAAAUUGGUAGACUUCAAUAAAGUUACAGUCGAAAAUGCCGACAUAAAAACUAAAAUCAACAACCUCAAAGAAGACAUCGAAACCUACAGCAGAUCAUUCUCAUUACCUGGUUAUGAAACAUAUUAAAACUAACAAGCUAUUGUAUAAUAUAAUGCAUCUUUCUAUUAUUGCCAUUAGAUUUAUCAUGUUCCUAUAUAGUUAUUUAAAACUGUGAAAUGACUAUACCUACAAUCUACAUAGACUUUUAACACAUACUUUCCCGUAGUAGGGAAUAAUUAAUAGCAGACAAAAUGAAAUGACAAAAUAUAUUUAAAGAAUAUAUAUUAGCUAUAAAUGGAUACGUCAAAUCGUGUAUGUUGAAACUUGUAUUAAAAAAAUACGAUGUGUAGAGAUAUGCCUUUAUACACACAAA